GCUUCUGCCACCGGCCUCCCCCAACGUCUCCACCGCCGCCCUUUUCCCUCCCCGUUCCCCUGCUUGCCCUGCUUGCCCUGCAUCUCGAUCCGUCCCCAUCCAUAUCUCCUGGCCAACACUCCCACUCGCACCCACGCCGUCCCUGCCUCCUUCCAUAGCCUCUCCAUCGGCCUCUCCGCAUGCAGUCCGAUCCUGCUGAUCGCAACACCAAGGGCCUGCUGGUGGUCCCGCCCAUCGGCCACUCCCGCCAGCCCUCCUCCGUCAGCCCCAGCACCUCGGUGACGCUCACUCCCCUCGACGGCUCUGUACACGGCUCCUCGGCCUCGACGGCCCUGCUCAUCAACAACUCGGGCACUCCCGAGCCUUCGGCCUCGCACCGGCGCACUUGCUCGUCAGGGCCCUCUCGGCUAUCGCAGCAACUUGUGUCUGCGACGUCGUCACCGUCGCCGUCACAUCCGCUGCAACACUCGGAAUCGCCACGGCUUCAGUCUGCAUCCGACCCACUCGAUACACCCGCCCAGCAGACCGAGCAUCACCAGCCACAGCCAGCCGAUGUCGCAGCGACAGCAGCUCUCGCAGACGACCCCAAUCCCGAUCCACCCCGUCUGACCACGCUCCGGAGUCGCUGGACCGAGCUGAAGCGCAUCUGGCGGCGCUGCAACCGCAUCCAGCUGUCCAUGUCCUUCGAGCCGGUCGAGUGCGGUCUGCUGCUGCUCUGGUACAUCAUGCAUCUGAUCACCACACCCAUGUUCAUCUUCUGGCUCUUCAACCAAGCCCGCGGCGAUCCCGACCACUCCAUGAUGUUCGGCUUCUCGCAGCACGAUCACAUCUUUGCUCCAGGUCCACCGCCUCCCAGUCCAACCCCGCCUCCGCUCGGCGGCCCUCAGCCCCCAAACAGCCCGAACCCGAUCCAGUCCUCGUGUCUCAGCAACCACAUGAAUCUGCUCCUGAGCCUCACCAUCCUCACAGCCUUGGAUCUUCCUCGCCUGCCACUGUUGGCCUUUGUCUACACCCGGCGGUCCUGGAGACGCUCGACUCCCCUGAAGGUCUUCUGGGUCGUCAACGCCUUGCUGUGGCUUGCGCUCUUUGCAAUCUCUGCGACCUGGUGGCUCUCGGAUCUUGCCUGCCUCAGCACCCCGCUCACUGCCCAGGCAAACACCUCGCUCGUGCUCAUGAUCGUCACCUCCAGCCUCGACAUUGUCUGCUUCAUCGUCUGGCUCCGGAGCUUCUACAAGCAUUACAAGGAGUAUAUGCACCGCCGCCAAGAGCGGGCCCAUGCAGCGCAUGCCCACGGAGCCAUGGGCAUCCGCCUCGUCGAGCGCGGCUUCUCCGAGUACCAGCUCGACACCCUGCCUCAGAUUGUCUUUGACUCGUACCUGAUCAAGCAGCUGACCAUAUCUUCGAUCCGGACAACGCCACGCUCGGCCAUGAUCGAGAGCGAGCUGGAUGCCGAAGUCGACUCGGACCACGAGCACCUUCCCGAGCCGAGCUCUCACCGGCUGUUCCACCGCCGUUCCAACGCAGACAUCGACGACCGGACGCCCUCCAGCGCCGCAACGCUGACGUGCGAUCUCACCUUGUUGGAUUCCGGCACUGGCCCGCGAACAACAUCCUCUGGCCAUCCGCGAACAGGGCUCUUCCAGAACCAACGGCCCGAGGAGAUUCCGAUGAAGCAUACCUCCAGUCAAUCGACCACCGAUAGCAGGUUCCAUUGCGGGACCGAGACGUGCCCAGACCACAUCCCUGCCGAGCGCUCGACCUCGCUUCAGUCGCAAUUCGAUCUGCGCGUACCGCCGCCCGCCGCCCGCCGUGAAUCUCGUCACGAUAUCCUGGGCGAACCUUCGACUCCCUCUGCGGGCGAUCCACGGACGCAGAAAUUGCGACUGGACUCGGCCGGCAUCACAGCGCGUGCCGAGUCGGGCCAUCGCCUCGACCAUCUUGGAUCUGACUUCCACUGCGCCAUUUGUCUGACCGACUACCAGAUCAACGAGAUCCUCCAUGAGCUUCCGUGCUGUCACCGGUUCCAUGCCGAGUGCAUCCGGUACUGGCUCUCUGAGAACGGCGCCCACCACAACACAUGUCCUCUCUGCAAGUGCGUUCUUGUCUGGGGAUGAGGUGCCUUUGCCCCAGGCGUUUUCCCUGGCUGCCCAGGCCAGAGUCUUCUACCUCGACCAACGGCCCCUUCCUUCUUGUAGACUGCUACAAUAGCUCCCCCCCCCCAGCAUCAAUCGACACUGACGACACUUUGCUGGA